CCAGAUUUGGGGGUGCAGGGGACGACAGCCCCAGCUUGCGGUUGUCCCCUGGGCUACUCCGACCUGAGCUCCCCGGCCCAGGGGCAGAGGACUAGAAGGAAAUGGUUCAGCAGGCCAGGCCUCCCUAGGACUGAGCCGAAGCCACCCAGCUGAGCCACGGACCGGACCCGCCGGCAGCCAAAGGAGAGGAGCACAGACGGCCGGGGACCCCGGGCCCUACGCUCGGACACACACACACACACCCAGCACACAGAUAUACAGACAUACAAACAUACAGACACCCACCCACGCACCCCCCACCCCCCCCACACAAAAAAAGACUCACAACUGGACCCUCAUACACACUGGCAUCUGCCCACUGACAUCCACAGGAAUUCAUUCUCACUCUCCCCCGCACCCCUCCACACACACAAACACAUAGCCCGACACCCACUGACACAAGCAUACCUAAUACAUACAGGCAGACGGACGCAGAACCACACAGCAGUACACAGACCUACAGAAGCACACACAUACACACAUCAGGACACAGAAACCCACAGACAGAGGGAGAGCCUCACGAACAUACGGUCACACGCAAAAGGCACACCGCUGGAUACACACCCUGGCAUCUGCACACUCCUUCUCUCACACUGCCUAAAACACUCGGCCCCCGCACCCCCGACACACAGACACAGACACACACACUGCUCGGACUCCGCACGGCCCAUUCUCUGCCGUGGCUGCCCCUGUAGCUCCAAGGCAGGGGAAGCUCGGACGACCUUGGUAGGACCUGGAGUUGCUGGGAGGCGGGGACACCGGGCUGGACUGGCAUGACCCUGGUCUCCCUCCCUCCCAGCUGAGGGAUGCCUGUGGGACCCGGCUUCUGGAACCCGGAUCUUCCCUCGGCCGCUGACAUCCUGCUCGGUGCCCCCCGGAAAGGGGGGGACCAUGGAACCGUCGAUGGGGGGGCCACUCCCGGCGCGGCAGCCCUGGGCCCUGGAGCGGAUGGCCUCUGGAGCUCCUGGGGGGCCCUGGUCAGCGGAACCUGGGGACCCUGUUCCGAUCUCCCUUCCUCUGGCCGGUGGUGCGGCCCCCGGAGUGGAAAAGGAUGAUGAGGGGGUCCUGGUGCCCGAGCCUGCAGGCAACAUGGUCUGCCGGCUGCCCAGGGGCUCGGUGGGGACAAUGGAGCCUGGGGAGAGCCUUCCCUCCAGCCCUGGGCAGACACUGGGGUCCCCCAGGGCCCAGAAGCCACAGCACACGGAGCAGGAGGGCAACUCUAAGGCCGGGCUGGAUGCAGACUUUGCCGGGAGGCAGAAGCUGGAACUGCUACAGGUGCUGGGGGAACUGGAGCGUCGCUAUGCUGCCCUCAAAGAGGAGAACCAGCGGCUGCGUAAUAGCAGUUUCCCGGAGACGGAGGAGAAGGUGAGGCAGCUCAAACGGAAGAACGCAGAGCUGGCGGUCAUUGCCAAGCGGCUGGAGGAGAGAGCCCGCAAGCUACAGGAGGCCAAUCUGCGUGUGGUCGGGGUGGCAGGGCCGGGGGCCGGGGCCAGCUUGGAGCUGUGCAGGAAGGCAUUUGUGCGGCAGCGAGCCCGGGACCUCAGCGAGCAAGCGAGCGCUCUCCUGGCCAAAGACAAGCAGAUCGCCGCCCUGCAGCGCCAGUGCCGCGAGCUGCAGGCCAGACUGGCAGCGGGCAAGGACGGCUCCCAGUGGCAGAACCUGAGGGCCUCUGACCAGCGUCUGCGGGAGGCCCAGAAGGAGGUGCUGAGGCUCCAGAGACAGAUCGCCCUGAGGAACCUGAAGGAGCCCCAAGCGCUCCGGCCCAACCUCUCGAGCUCUGCUGGGCCCCACGAGCUCCUUCCCGGGGUCCCCGCCCAGGCUCCAGGAGCCACUGAUGAGGUGGUCUCCCUGCUGGGCUCUGAGCUCAAGGGCAAUGUGGACUUUUCUGUGGAGGCCGCAGUAAAUGAGUCAGAAAGACAUUGGCACGUCCAGCGGUUGGAGUCUGAACUUGGCAAGAAGCGGAAGAAAUGUGAGACGCUUGAGCAUGAAGUGAGGAAGAAGCAGAAGCGAUGUGAGGAAUUGGAACUGCGACUGAGGGAGGCUCAGAGCGAGAAUGCCCGGCUGGUGGAGGAGAACUCUCGGCUCAGCGGGAGGGUCAUGUGGACGGACAAGGGAGAAACAGAGAAUGUGGCGCUCAAGGAACGGCUUCUGGGGGUAACGGAGGAGCGGGACACGGCCCUGAAGAGGAGCCGGGGACUUCAGAGCAAACUGGAGAACCUUGAGCAGGUGCUGCAGCACAUGCGAGAGGCGGUGGGGCGGCGGCAGCAGCUGGAGCUGGACCAUGAGCAAGCCCGGCUCGGCCUGCAGGAGAAGCAGGAGGAGGUCCGCAGGCUGCAGCAGGCCCAGGUGGAGGCGAGGAAGGAGCACGAGGGGGCCGUGCAGAUGUUGGAGUCGGCACUGGAUUGCAUGCAGUCUCGGGUUCGGGAGCUGGAGGAGCAGUGCCGCAGCCAGUCGGAGCGCUUCGGCCUCCUGUCGCGGGAGCUGCGGGCCCUGCGGCUGCUCACGGGCAGCGGAGUCCUGGCCGGGCCCACCGCCGACCUCUUUCCCGCACCCUGCUGCUCCACUCCCCGCCCGCAUGGAGACCCCCGGGGCACAGAGGGGCACGAACCCCAACUCCCCCCCUGCCUCGGGACCAACGAGGCCGGACCCUCCAUCCCACCCGCCGACCCACCCGCCGAUGUCCCCGUUGGGCCUUCCCGGAAGCUAGUCAAGAAGGCCGAGUCAUUGUCCAACUCUUCCCGGUCCGAGUCCCUGCUCAACAGCCCCAAGUCCUGCCCCACGUCUGAGGUGGACACGGCCAGUGAGAUGGAGGAACUGGAGAGCGACAGCAUCUCCCUGCUCCAGGACACCAGGGGCCCUGGGGCUGCUCAGCUCCAGGUCUUCCUCGCCCGGUACAGUUAUGACCCAUUCGACGGCCCCAAUGAGAACCCCGAGGCAGAGCUGCCGCUGACGGCCGGCGAGUACAUCUAUGUCUACGGCCGCAUGGACGAAGACGGCUUCUUCGAAGGGGAGCUGAUGGAUGGCCGCCGUGGCCUGGUCCCAUCCAACUUUGUGGAGCGUGUGUCGGAUGACGACCUCCUGCCUGCGGGCCCGGGAGAGACAGGAGAGUCUUCGCAGAGCUCGGGGCCGCAGCUGAGCUCUCCGGCCGGUAGCAGGGCUGGCGGCAGCUGCGAGCCUCUCGAGCGGGAUGAUGGCAGCAUCAGCCCAGCUCCUGAGGGGGACGACUCCCUGCCACCUGUGCCCCCACCUUGCCACUUAGUGGUCCUCCGACAACUGGCUCACAGCCUGGAGGUGGCCUGGGACGCCCCCCCGAGCUCCCUGCCAGGAAGCCCGGUGGCACAGGGCUACCGCCUGUACUUGGAUGGGCAGCUGCUCAGGUCCCUAGAGCCAGGAGCCCCCACCAAGACCACCCUGGAGGCCCCAGGGCUCUGGGACCGGCCCCACCGCAUCUCGGUGCAGAGCGUGAUGGGCCAGGGCAGCCCGGACCCCCGGCCCUGCCGGGACCCCCCACGCUGCUCUGACCCUCUGUGCUGUUCCCUGCUGGUCGGGCCUGGGGCGGGCCCUGCCCCGAGGCAGUUGGGCCUCAGGCACCUGACGGCCACCUCGGCUGAGAUCUCCUGGCUGCCCGGCAGCAGCAGCUACGCCCAUGGUGUCUUCCUCAAUGGGGAGGAGUGCCCGCCUGCCCCACCUGGCACCUACUGGGCCUCCUUCCCCAACCUGCAGCCUCACACCCCGUACCAGGCCCGCGUGGAGGCCCGGCCCCCCGACACUGGGCCCUGGGAGCUUGGCUGGGAGCGGCGGGAGCCCAGGACUGCCACUGUGCAGUUUACUACCCCUGCGGCAGGCCCUCCGGAUGCCCCCCUGGAUGUCCAGGUGGAACCGGGCCCUUCUCUGGGCAUCCUGGCCAUCAGCUGGCUGCCCGUGACCAUUGAUGCUGCCGGCUCCUCCAAUGGGGUGCCAGUCACCGGCUAUGCCAUCUAUGCAGACGGGCAGAAGAUCAUGGAGGUGGCAUCGCCCACGGCGGGCAGUGUGCUGGUGGAGCUAUCCCAGCUGCAGCUGCUGCGGCGGUGUCAGGCGGUCUGCGUGCGGACGAUGUCGCCCGUUGGCGAGUCUGCUGAUUCCCUUCCUGCCCUGAUCCAGGGUUCCUCUGCCCUGGUCCCCGCUGCCCCCUUCUCCGGCUCCUUGCCAGCUGCCCCCAAAGCAUCCUGGGCAGACCCCGACUCUGCCCCACCUCUGGGUCUCCGGGCUCAGGGCCUGGUCCCGUUGUCCCACCUUGGGGCCGGAGGGCCCAUGGGCCGCAAGGGCCUAACUGGUCCCCAGAGGGGACCACCAGGAUCUGAAGACACCCGCUCACAGAAGGAGCAAGGGAGCGGCAGUGACAGUGGAUUUGCAGAGUCCCCAGAGGGUAGCCGGGGCCGGCCCGGAAGCCAGAGGGGUUGCGACGCCGAGUCCUCCCCGACAGAACGUGGCCCAGGGGGAUGUGGCCCAGAGAGUCCCAGCCCGGGGGAGUCCGGCCCCAGGGACCUCAUCCUGGGGGAGCACUGGCAGGCCUCAGCCACCAAGGCACCAGGGCAGAGGAGCCCAGCAAUCCCCAGUGGCCGAGGAGAGGCUGGGCUGAGGCCGGGACCCAGAGGCUGGGCCGAGAAGGAAGAGGCCGUUCAGGAGCUUGGGGCUCGGCUGGCCAAUCCCCUCCCUGACCACGGCCGCAGCUCCGACCUGUCGGACAUCUUGGAGGAGGAGGAAGAGGAAAGGGAGGAGGAACAGGAAGAGCAAGAGGAGCAGAGUUUGGCUCUAGGGCCUCUGGAGCCAGGCGGUCCCUGGGAGGAGGACACUGGAGGAAAGCUAGAUACCUGUGAGUUGGACAGUGAUGAAGAAACAUUGGAGCUGCUGCCUCCACAGAAAUUCUGUAGCAAGAAACUCUUCAGCAUCCCUGAGGUGGCAGAGGAGGAAGAGGAGGAGGAGGAAGAGCAGGAGGAAGAAGAGGAGGAGGAGGAGGAGGAGGAAGAGGAAGAGCAGAAAGCGGUGGAGGAAACUGGGCCGGGGGAGCGACCCCAGGAUUUGCCUCCAGCCCCACAGCCCUCCUGCCGGGGACUGGGGGUGGCAGGCCUCGGGGGAAUCCGGGCCUGGGAGUCGGUUGGCUCAUGGAGGGCAGACCCGGGGCCUGGCCCUUCUGUCUCAGGAGCCCUUGCCCGAGAUGGCACGGAUGAGGAGGAGGAAGAGCUGGAGUCGGGGGGUUGUGCUGCCUCCAGAGAACCUCCACAGGGCAGCCCCCAAGGUGGUCGGGGGCCGGGGUGCGCGCCCCGAGAAAUGCUCUCCAGACGGCCAGAGGGGAGUGGGUGGCAGCCUUUCAGGGGGCAUGAGGACUGCGGCCGUGGGCUUGGGGGGGUCGCCCGGGUCAGGGGCGGGCCCUGGCGGGAGAAGGGGGGCCUGGUGGCCGGGGAAGAAGUGAAGACCGGGGCAGAGACGGCCGGACGGGAUCGGCUGGGCCCGUCCCAGAGGGGGCCCCGCAGCUCCGGCCCCACACCCCCCAGAUUCUCCAGCAGCUCUGGCCCUCUCUGUCUGGAGAUCAGCAUCGAGUACGAUUCAGAGGAAGAUGGCCUGGAGCCUGGCGUGCUGCUUCCCCGGGCCCGGGGGACCCAGGAGGGCCUGGUGCCCGAGAGGGAGGGCAGGCCUCAUGGGGGCUGUGGGAGGCGGAGAGGGGACGGGGGCCCCAGGGAGACCCGCAACCCCGGUAACUGCCAGCGCCUCUGUUGCCGGGACUGGGGGGAGCCCGGCACCUUGAGAAGGGGCUGCAGCCCAGACAGGAGAGAGCCAGGGGAGGAGCAGACGGCGUCGCCCCCCAGGGAGCCAGAGACUGGGGACGCCCUGGGCCCAGGUGGCCGGAAGCCGGCUCCGAGGAAGGGGGACCGGAUGGCCAGGAGCGAACAGAUGCUGCAAGAGUCAGCUCCCCCAAGGAGUCCUGUGCCGGAGGCCCCUCCUCCACAUGCAGGGGCGACCCGGCUCUUCGUGGCGCUCUUCGACUACGACCCCGUGUCCAUGUCCCCCAACCCUGAUGCCGGCGAGGAAGAGCUGCCAUUUAAGGAGGGCCAGGUCCUCACGGUCUGGGGGGAAAAAGAUGCAGAUGGCUUCUACCGGGGGGAGUGUGGAGGCCGAGCUGGCUACAUCCCCUGCAACAUGGUGGCUGAGCUGCCAGUCCAGAGUGGCAGCCUGCAGAGGCGGCCUCCGGCCCUGGCCUCUGGUCUUCCUGACAGCUUGGCAGAGGCCCUAGAAACCGGAAAUGGUCCGUCCUCGUUCUGCCCUGCCGGACCUCCCCUCAAGCCUCGCCGCUCCAAAAAAGAGCCAGAAGCCCCGGACCUGGUUCGCUCAGUUUACCCUCUGCCGGACUCCCAGACAGGCCCUUGCCCCACUCAGACCGUGGUGGCUGCUUUCGACUAUAACCCCCAGGAGAGUUCCCCCAACGUGGACGUGGAGGCCGAGCUUUCAUUCAAAGCUGGGGAUGUCAUAAUGGUGUUUGGGGCCAUGGACGAUGACGGAUUCUACUAUGGCAAACUGAAUGGGCGGCAGGGCCUGGUCCCAUCCAACUUCCUGGAGGGAGCGGUGCAGCUUGGGCAGCCCCAGGGAAGCGCGACCAUGAAUCAGAGAAUGAGGAAGAGAAGAGUCCAGCGAUGAUCUCCCCGGAGACUGAGCAAGUGUGCUGGGCCACGCUGAGCUGCUCGUCAAGACGAGGGCAGCCAACCCUCUCCCACCAGGCCAGGCUGGGCCCUGGACGGCUUCUGGGUUGACACCUUGGCUCCAGAAACCAGCUCGGGCAUGAAGGAAGGACUCUGCCAGAGGGGGUGGGGGUUAACAGCGAGGCUGGGUGAGGUGGCAGGAGUUGGCAGGGUCUCUGCCCCCUGAGCAAUCAUGUGCUCUGCGGGGACGAGGGUGCCAGGCUGCCUAGAAGCAGAUCCGCCUUCCCCUCUGGGACUCCCGGGUAACCAACUCCAGGGAGGAGUGUUUGAGGACAGAGUUGUGGCUUUGAGGACAGAGUUAGAGUGGGGAUGGUGGGGCCCCUUCCUCACACUGGGCAGCUGACCUCCCUGCCCUCGGUGGGGUAUCUGAGGGUGGCUUCUCCCCCUGACACUCCCAACAAAUCCCCCCUCACCCUCCUCACCACAGACUCUCAGUUAGGGGUGUUCUCAGAUCUGGGACUGAACUGGUGCUCCCUCCUCUCUUUUCUUGGAACAACAAGCAAUCAGUGGUAUUUACUGAGCCCUUACUCCUGUG